UGUCAUGUGACUGGCUCAACAAGGAGGGGGUGCACGGAGAAAACUUCAAGAAUCCCUGUGAAAUAAUCACUUGGACCUUAUUCACUAUCUACUUUCCGUCUGCAUAGCAAAACCUUGAUGUAAUGUUGAAACUUACAAUCAUUAGUUUCAUGUUUUGUUUUGUGCCCUCCUAUCAACAAUUCCCCCGUCUCUGUGCCACCCGGGAAGCCUUACGCAUAAAGGAAUGCUGCCCGUCCUGGGAAGGGGACGGUUCGCCCUGCGGAGCCAGCUCUGGUCGGGGCUUCUGCCAGGAUGUGGAGGUGCCGGACCAGCCCGACGGGCCGCAGUACCCCUUCUCCGGGUUGGACGACAGGGAGAAGUGGCCCUUGGUUUUUUACAACCGGACUUGCCAGUGCGCAGGGAACUUCAUGGGUUUCAACUGCGCGGACUGUAAGUUUGGCUACUUUGGGGUAAACUGCAAUGACAGGAGAGAGUCUCUCAGGAGGAACAUAUUUCACCUGUCCCGGGCAGAGAGGAUCAGACUAAUGUCUUACCUGAACUUGGCCAAGCAGACGAUCAGCAGGGACUAUGUUGUGGCUACCGGGACCUACCAGGAAAUGGAAAACGGCUCCAAUCCGAUGUUCGCUGAUGUGUCUUUGUAUGAUGUGUUUGUGUGGAUGCAUUAUUAUGUGUCCCGGAACGCGCUGCUAGGCGGGCCGGGGAAUGUGUGGACCGAUGUGGACUUUGCCCACUGGGCGCCUGCGUUUCUGCCGUGGCACCGCUUAUACCUGCUGCACUGGGAGCAUGAGAUCAGGAAGCUGACCGGAGACAUGGACUUCACCAUCCCGUACUGGGACUGGAGGGACGCCCAGGGAUGUGACGUGUGCACGGACGAACUGAUGGGGGCCCGGAGCUCCCAGGAUCCCAGUCUUCUCAGCCCAGGCUCGGUCUUCUCUUCUUGGAAGGUACUGUGCUCUCAAGCACAGAACUACAAUGACAGGGGUGUGUUAUGUGAUGCUGUGGAAGAAGGCCCAUUGCGUCGUAACCCUGGAAACCACAACCGUAAUGUGGUUGAACGAUUACCAACUUCCGCAGAUGUGGAAUUCACUCUCAGUCUGACCAACUAUGACACCGGAGCCAUGGACCGUGGUGCCAACAUGAGCUUCAGGAACACUCUGGAAGGAUUUGGGGAUCCUCAGACUGGGUUAGGAAACAGUUCUCGUAUGGGCAUGCAUGCUGCUCUCCAUGUGUUCAUGAACGGAUCUAUGUCCUCAGUGCAGGGCUCAGCAAAUGACCCCAUAUUCCUUCUCCACCACGCUUUUGUCGACAGCAUUUAUGAGCAGUGGCUCAGGAGGCAUGAACCAUCUCCAUCACAAUAUCCAGAAUCGGAUGCUCCUAUCGGGCACAACAGCGAGUACCACAUGGUGCCCUUCCUGCCCCUCUACAGAAACAGAGAAUUCUUCAUCUCCAGCAAGGACCUGGGAUAUGAAUAUUCGUAUCUGCUAAAUGCUAACCAGAGACUAGCAGAAUCCAUGCGUCCUUACCUGGAGGAACUGCAGGAUGUGUGGCCCUGGCUGCUGCUUGCAGGGCUCUGUGGAGGAAUUGUAGCAGUGACCAUAGCUGCUGCCAUCCUAACAGCAAAACGGCGAUGUGGAAGGUCGCCUUGGCUGCACAUGAGCAAAUGGAAAAACGCAUUUGCUCUCUCAGAAAAACAGCCACUUAUACGGAGCAGUGACACAGAGGAAACCAAACAUCGCAACUACCAAACAACUAUCUGAAGGCCCAGCCAGCCCUGUGCAGUGAUGCAUGCA